AGAUUUUCUCUACAAUCUCAAUUACAUUGGUCUUCUCCUUCUUCUUUGAAAAGUCAAGAGUCACAAAGAGUUGGAAAUUUUUUAGAACAUGUUUUGGCUGAAAAGACACAAGUGGUCGGAUCUGUCGAAAAAGUAAUUGUGACGGUCACAAGAGGCAAACACAAAAAGGAAACCGAUUUGAAGUAAAUAUUAUAAUUAAGACAGUAUCAUUCAUCUCUCUGCUAGUCUCUGUUUCAACCCUAGUUGUCGACUUCCUCCUACUAUCAAAGACCUUUAAUCAAACACCAUUGAAUGUGAGACUGAGAGCCAAAACAAAACCAGAGCUUUCCAACCCCUAAAAUGAUCCAACUCCUGAGGUUUUAAUCGAGUUCUCUCUCCUUCCACCGUCUGAAACUCGUCAGAAAGUUUGUAACAACGCGAAGGGGAGCGAGUGUUCUUAUCUCUUCUUCUCGGGUCUUACAGAUGCACCUGUCAGGUCUCUGAGUUUUGUCUCUUUUUUUUUUGGCAAUAUUUUUUUAUGUUUCUCAGAUCCAUCAACCUCAUCCACACACACACACACAAUAGUUUUGAUCUUUAAUACUUUGUCUUGUUGUGUAAAAUUCAAGCCAUGAGAGGCUUCUUCUUCUUCUUCUUCUUCUUAACAUGUCUAGCUUUCUUCAUUAAUCCUCUACACGCCGGUGUACCGUACAACGGAAGCAUCGCUCCAGUGUUUGCAGGAUCUCAGAUGAAUUACAUCAACAACAAGGGUAUCUUCCUCGAAUCGAUCAACAAAGACUUUGGUUUCGGUUUCAUAACCACACCAGAUGAUGUCACUCUCUUCACACUCAGCAUCGUCCACAGAAGCAGCUCGAGACUGAUCUGGUCGGCGAACAGAGCUUCCCCUGUUUCCAAUUCCGACAAGCUUCAGUUCCAAGACGACGGGAAUGUGGUGCUGCGUAGAGAAGAACAAGGAGGAGGAGGAACAGAUGUUUGGAGGUUGGAUAAUUCAGGCAAAAACGCGUCAAGAAUCGAGCUCCGUGACUCCGGGAACCUCGUUGUUGUUUCCGGUGCGGGAGCUUCGAUAUGGGAGAGUUUUGAUCAUCCUACUGAUACGCUUAUCACGAAUCAAGUCUUUAAAGAAGGCAUGAAGCUCACUAGCAAUGCUUCUUCUACAAGCAACAUGACUUAUGUUCUUGAGAUCAAGUCAGGAGAUAUGUUUUUGUCUGUGAACAGCUUGACACCUCAAGUGUAUUGGUCCAUGGGAAAAGACAGAGGAAGGAUCAUUGAUAAAUACGGUGGUGUAGUGACUUCAUCGUCUCUACUGGGGAACUCGUGGAGGUUCUUUGAUGAUAAACAAGAUUUGUUAUGGCAGUUUUUGAUUACAGAUAAUAGAGAUGAUAACGGUACUUGGAUCGCGGUUUUGGGAAACAACGGUGUGAUCACCUUUACAAGUCUUGGAAGUGGUGUGUCUGCGGCUGAUUCUUCCAAAAAAAUCCCAGACGAUCAGUGUGCGACCCCUGAGUCUUGUGGCCCUUACUACGUAUGCUCCGUUGGUAAAGUGUGUGGAUGUGUGUCCGGGUUGCCACGGGCUCGGGAUUGCAAAUCCGGUAUCACUUCUCCUUGUAAGAAGACCGAGAACAAUGCAACGUUGUCUGUGAAGCUUGUAAAUGCUCGAGACAAGGUUGACUAUUUCGCUCUAGGGUUUGCUUCUCCCUUUUCCAAGAAUACUAGUCUUGAUAGCUGUAAAGAGUUCUGCAACAGCAAUUGCUCGUGCCUCGGUCUUUUCUUUCAGAACAGUUCUGGUAACUGCUUCUUGUUUGAUUGGAUUGGUAGCUUUAAAGCCUCUAAAAAUGGAGAUUCUGGUUUUGUGUCUUACAUCAAGGUGGCAACUAAUGGUGAGAGAGGUGGAGAUAAGGGAGAAGAUGAUGGGAAACGUUUUCCAUAUAUAGUGAUUAUUGUCUUGGUGACGAUUUUUAUCAUCAGUGUUUUGAUCUUUGUGGCGUUUCGGAUUCUUAGGAGAAAGAAAACGGUUUUGGAUGAUGAUCAAGAUCAAGAACAGAGUUCAGAUGAGGAUAACUUCUUGGAUAAUCUAUCUGGGAUGCCUAUUAGGUUUACUUAUAAAGAUCUUCAGUCAGCCACAAAUAACUUCUCUGUCAAGUUAGGUCAAGGAGGGUUUGGAUCGGUCUAUGAAGGAUCUUUACCUGAUGGUUCUCGAUUAGCCGUUAAGAAGCUUGAAGGAAUAGGCCAAGGCAAGAAAGAGUUCAGAGCCGAGGUUAGUAUCAUCGGAAGCAUUCAUCAUCUACAUUUGGUGAGGCUCAGGGGUUUCUGCGCUGAAGGGGCUCAUAGGCUUCUAGCUUAUGAGUUCCUGGCGAAAGGUUCCUUAGAGAGAUGGAUAUUUAGUAGAAGAGAUGAAGAUAUACUGUUGGAUUGGGACACAAGGUUCAACAUCGCGGUCGGAACAGCAAAAGGUUUAGCUUAUCUACAUGAAGAUUGCGACGCAAGAAUCAUCCAUUGUGAUAUUAAACCUGAGAACAUACUCUUAGAUGAUAACUUCAACGCCAAGGUAUCUGAUUUUGGACUAGCUAAGCUCAUGACACGCGAACAGAGCCAUGUCUUCACAACUAUGCGUGGGACAAGAGGGUACUUGGCUCCUGAAUGGAUCACAAACUACGCGAUCUCGGAGAAGAGCGAUGUUUACAGCUACGGGAUGGUGUUGCUGGAGCUUAUAGGAGGAAGAAAGAACUAUGAUCCAUCAGAGUCAUCAGAGAAGUGUCACUUCCCUUCUUAUGCUUUUAAGAUGAUGGAAGAAGGAAAGCUUUUGGAGAUUGUUGAUGGGAAGAUGAAGAACUUUGAUGUGGAUGAUGAGAGAGUUCAAAGGACGAUGAAGACUGCGCUUUGGUGUAUACAAGAAGAUAUGCAUUUGAGACCGUCGAUGAGUAAAGUUGUUCAGAUGCUUGAAGGAGUUUUUCCUGUGGUUCAGCCUCCGUCUUCUUCCACUUUGGGCUCGAGGCUUUACUCUAGUUUCUUUAAGUCAAUUAGCGAGGAAGGUGGUGGUACGUCAUCUGGACCGUCGGAUUGUAACAGUGAGAACUAUAUCUCCGCCGUGAGACUCUCCGGUCCGAGAUAGGUUAGCAUGUUAAAUUGGUUUUUUUUUGGCUCACCAUAUGGUGUUGUAUAUUGUGUUUGUGUUUAAAUUAAGAGAAUAGUGUUCUCUCGGUUUUGUAAUGUUCCAAGUUCUACAUAAACUUCACCAAUGGCUAUAUAAAACUAGUCAUUCUGAGGCAAAUGGAAAAUGUCAUGAUGAUUCUAA